GCAUUUGUUGUUGGAAGUCUUAAGGGACGAUGCUCAGUGCGGUGUGAGAUGCCAGUCGCUGAUUCCCAAAGUAGUCUGUUCCAAAGCUUAGUCUUAAGCCACAUUGAAAUUCAUCUAGAAAAUCCAGACCAACCUGGAAUGCUUGAAGCUGACCUGUCAUAACACACUUGACUAAUCAAAGGUGGUGGAGAAUAAUGUCGAAGAAAGUGAGCAGAAUCUAUCCUGUUACAGACCCAACCACAACAUACUUUCUUCAGAUAACUUGGGAAAAAGAUCUUGGAAUUGGCUUUGAUGUCAUUCUCAGUGACGGUCAGUUGGCUUGGGCUGGGAGAGUUUCUAAAGAUGAAAUAUCUAAAGAGGUGGCUGACAUGGAAAUGGAGCGAGAGAAAUACAUUGAGGAAUUACAAAAACUUCUGCUGUUCAGAGAAGGACAAAUAGACAAAUACAAUUUUGGUAUUUCAAAAGGAGACACAAAUGCAGAUUGCAUUAAGUUCUACUAUGAAAAGAAUCUGAAAGAUGUUUCUUUUCGACUUGGAUCGUUGGAUCUACAAAAAGUCUCAAGCCCAGCUGAAAUAAUUAGAGAGAUUAUUAGCUAUUGCCUAGACAGCGUAGUGGAGCUGCAGACCAAAAACGAACACUUACGAAAAGAGAAUGAAAGACUUUUAAGUGAUGUGGAUGAUCUGCAGGGGCAGUUACUGAAAUGUGUAGAAGCCAAAGAAGAGCUAGAGUCUGAGCUUUAUAAGCGUUUUAUCUUAGUCCUCAAUGAAAAGAAAGCAAAGAUAAGAAGCUUACAACAGAGUUUGAAAGAAGCUGAAGAAGUUAUAGAGGAAGCCACACAAAAAAGGGAAGUUGUGCCUACAUCUGAAAGAAAAGUUGAAGAUUAUGAUGGAAGCACUGACGAGGAAAGUGAAAAUUGCAUCCAGUCUUCUAUAGUAGUGCCUGCUAUACCCAGGAGGGACUCGCUACUUAAUAGUCCGGACAUUGCUGAUAUUGCGCCAAGCAGAAAGAGAAGACAACGGACCCAGGAAGCUGUGGGAGUAGAACCAAAGGUGGCAUCACGUAAGGAAACUGUGGGAGUAGAACCAAAGGUGGCAUCAUGUAAGGACCGAAUUUUGGCAAAGGAAAGGCCAGAUUCUGUUCCAUCAAAAUCAUCAGACAAAUGUUUGUCAUCUAAAAAAAUGCCUUUGGAAACAGAAAAAUCCACCAGUGAUCCAGAAGAUCUAUUUGAUGAUAUCUAACAAAACCAGAGGAAGACUUUGACUUCGCUACAAGUAAUAAAACUCUUAAGGGUGGGUUUAUUGGUACUUUUGGAUAGCAUUUUACAUUUGUUAUCUGUAUUUAAUAAAGUUUUUGUGUGCAAGCCC